AUGUCGCCAUGUGCGGCGGAUGUUGAGCAUCAACAGUGGAGGCCGGGGUCUGAAGCAAGGCUUCGCCGGUCGCUUGCACUGGGCCGUGCUCGGCUCCGAUGGCGCCUGGCGGGCGCCAACGAUGCAGCCCGACGGGUCGCAGGACUGCGACGGCACCGCCUCCAGCGCCCACCUCAACGGGGACGGCAACGUGACCAUGACCUUCCGCGGCGGCGAGGUGAAAAAGUGAGGUUGAAAACUGCGAUAUACUGGGAUUAUACCUAUAGCAGAUAG